UGGCAACAAUGGCGCUCAAAAAACUAGAUUUGAAUUUGAAAUCCUAAUUGUAGUAUCAAAUACUUGGUAAUCUGUUUAUCUGUCUGUGGUAAUAUUUCGGAGAGUAGAGACUGAUGUGUGGAAUAAACUAGUAGAGUGAUACAUCUGACCCUUUAAUCAUGACGUCAAACGAAACAAAGAAACAAUUGAUAAAAGACAAUAUAAAAUGUUACCAGGAUUUUCCAAAACCGGGCGUGAUUUUCAGGGACAUCUUCUCCAUUUUACAGAAACCUGAAUUAUUUGCCAUACUCAAAGAUUUGCUAGUUUACAAUGCAAAGUCGUUUGCAGUUCGCCCAGAUGUGGUUGUUGGAUUAGAUUCAAGAGGUUUUCUAUUUGGGACUAUACUAGCGUUAGAUUUACAAGUUCCAUUUGUACCAAUAAGAAAAAAAGGUAAACUGCCAGGCCCUAAGAAAACAGCAGAGUAUUCCCUAGAAUAUGGAACUGAUAUACUGGAAAUCUCUACAGAUGUUAUAGAACCGGGUGCAAAUGUUUUAAUCAUUGACGAUUUAUUAGGAACUGGAGGAACCCUUCUAACAGCUUGUUCACUUGUCGAAGAAGUUGGUGGAAAGAUAUCAGGUUGCCUAGUAGUAAUUGAAUUGAAAGAAUUUCAAGCAAGGUCAAAAAUUAAGUAUCCUUUAAUGAGUUUGGUUCAAUUUUGAGAACAUUGAAGUUGGGAAAAUUAUGUCACAAAUAUCUAUUCAUCAAGUAACUGAUAAUGUUUUGGUACUUGAAAAAAAUCUAAAUCAAAUACAUAAAUGUCAAUAGUAAUGUUUUCAUCUCCAUUCCUUCUUUUGAUAUCAUUAAUAUUUUGUCCUCAUAUUGAGAAUAAUGAAGUAUUGAAACAAGAAAUUAGAUUUGUAUAAUUCACCACGAUUUUACUACAUUAUGGAAACUUGGAAAUAUUAGUCACUGGUACUUUGUGCUGAUUUUCUCAAAUUUUAUGUUGAUAUUACUUGAUCUACUCCAUAUACAUAUAUUUCGAAAGUAAUUAAGACAAUUAAGUCUUUCCCAGAAUAAUUUUGUUGGUUAACUAUUGAAUUGAAAAGUAUGUGAUAAUAAUCUACAUUCCUGAAAUGAAUUAAUAAAAAAAAUACUCUGUUUUCACAUAUAGAAUAAGUAUCUAUAUGAUGAGUGUUGGCUAUUUAAUUGAUUGAUGAAAAUUUAGAGAUUAUUGAUGUUUAUAGUGUGAAUCAGUUUAUAAAAAAGAAAACUGAAUUGUGUUAUAUAACAUAAUUGUUGUAUCAUAGUUCCUACUAUAUUUGUUCUUCCAUUAUCCAGAUAUCCUCAUGUCUAUAUUUUUUACUAUUUUGCAGUAAUUAAACCAUUGUCAAUUGUA